AUCUUUUCAACCCAAGAAGACAAAAGAAAAUGAUGAUGAACAAACGGAAGUUAGUUACUGAUUCGGAUUAAUAAAAUAUCAAGAAAACCAGACACAAACCCUUUUCCCAGCUGUUGUUGUUGUUGUCGUCGUAGGUCUUAAAAAGAAGGAAGAACAAUGGCUGCGGUGACGAAGGCGAUGCCAUUCGAUGACUCAGACAGCUCCAUAAUCUGCUAUGCACCGAGCAUGAUCACGACCAAUGGCGUGUGGCAAGGCGAUAACCCUCUCGAUUUCUCCCUUCCGCUCUUCAUUCUUCAGCUCACGUUGGUCGUUCUCACCACCCGAAUCUUCGUCUACAUCCUCCGACCCUUUCGCCAACCCCGUGUCAUAGCCGAGAUCCUUGGCGGAAUCGUCCUGGGACCAUCAGUGCUCGGCCGCAACAAGAAAUUCGCAAACAUGAUCUUCCCUCAGAGAAGUGUAAUUGUGCUCGAGACAAUGGCCAACGUCGGUUUACUUUACUUCCUUUUCCUCGUCGGUGUCGAGAUGGACAUUACGGUGGUACGGAGGACGGGAAAGCGCGCUCUGACCAUCGCGGUUGGCGGAAUGGUCAUACCUUUCCUUCUUGGCUGUGGUUUCUCUUUCAUCAUCCGAAAAGAAAAUGACCAUUUGAGCCAAGGAACCUACAUACUUUUCCUCGGUGUAGCCCUCUCAGUCACUGCAUUUCCCGUCCUUGCGAGAAUUCUGGCUGAGCUCAAGCUUAUAAACACUGACCUCGGGCGAUUAGCCAUGUCUUCAGCUCUCAUCAAUGACAUGUUUGCUUGGGUUCUUCUUGCAUUGGCCAUCGCCUUGUCUGAAAACGACAAUUUGGCGUCACUCUGGGUCCUGCUCUCUAGUGCAGCUUUUAUCGCCAUAUGCUUCUUUGUUGUUAGACCAGGCAUCUCCUGGAUAAUACGGAAAACCCCAGAAGGCGAGAACUUCAGCGACUUCCACAUAUGUCUCAUCUUGACAGGGGUCAUGAUCUCGGGUUUCAUCACUGAUGCCAUAGGAACACAUUCGGUUUUCGGGGCAUUUCUGUUCGGUUUGGUGAUCCCAAAUGGGCCUCUCGGUCUCACCCUCAUCGAAAAACUCGAAGAUUUUGUCUCAGGGCUUCUCCUACCUCUCUUCUUCGCCAUAAGUGGCCUUAAAACCGACAUAUCAGCAAUCAAAGGUCCUGUUACCUGGGGAGCUCUGCUCCUGAUGAUUCUCCUUGCAUGUGUCGGGAAAGUAGCCGGUACAGUCGUCGCAGCUUUCUUCCACGACAUGCCAAUCCGUGAAGGGGUCACUCUCGGGCUGCUGUUAAACACCAAAGGGCUCAUCGAAAUGAUAGUCCUCAACGUUGGGAAAGAUCAGAAGGUUUUAGAUGAUGAGAUCUUUGCUACGAUGGUGAUGGUAGCCGUGAUUAUGACUGGGAUCAUCACGCCUAUCGCAACCAUCGUUUACAGGCCCACGAAGAGGUUUGUUCCGUACAAGAGGCGAACUAUCCAAAAGAUGAAGCCAGACAGCGAGUUCAGGGUGCUAGUAUGCAUCCACACACCGCGAAAUGUUCCCACCAUAAUCAACCUUUUCGAAGCUUCACAUCCAACAAGGAGAUCCCCCAUAUGUAUCUACGUACUUCAUCUUGUUGAACUAACAGGUCGAGCAUCCGCCAUGCUGAUCGUCCACAACACCCGGAAAUCUGGACGUCCGGCUCUUAACAGAACCCAAGCUCAAUCAGAUCACAUCAUCAAUGCUUUCGAGAACUAUGAGCAACACGCUGCCUAUGUCGCAGUUCAACCUUUAACGGCUAUUUCUCCAUACAACACAAUGCAUGAAGAUAUAGCCAACUUAGCCGAGGACAAGCGUGUCUCCUUCAUAAUCAUACCAUUCCACAAACAGCAGACAGUAGAUGGAGGCAUGGAAGCCACCAACCCGGCCUACCGAUUAGUCAACCAGAAUCUACUCGAGAAUGCACCUUGCUCGGUAGGGAUUCUUGUGGAUAGAGGACUAAACGGUGGCACGAGAUUGGCAUCAAGCACCAUAUCUCUCCAAGUGGCUGUGUUAUUUCUCGCAGGUCCAGACGACAGAGAAGCUUUAGCCUAUGCUUGGAGAAUGUCCGAACACCCAGGUAUCACCUUAACAGUUAUGCGCUUCAUUCCAGGCGAGGAUGUAGCAUUACCAUCCUCCGCUCGUGCAACUCAUCACAGCGACUCGAAGAUGCUCAGAAUCGAUAUGGACUUCGGCAAGGAAAUGGAGCUCGAUGACGAGUACUUGAACGUUUUCAGAACGGCAAACGCAGACUAUGAGGGCAUCACCUAUAUCGAGAAGGUGGUGAACAAUGGGGAGGAGACAGUUGCAGCAAUAAGAUCCAUGGACAGUUCUCAUGACCUGUUUAUAGUCGGAAGAAGACGAGGAAUACCAUGCCCUCUUACUGCAGGUUUAACAGAUUGGAGUGAGUGUCCCGAGCUCGGGGCAAUAGGAGAUUUGCUUGCCUCGUCAGACUUUGCUGCCACAGUUUCAGUCCUCGUGGUCCAACAGUAUGCCGGGUCAUGGCAGCAAGAAGAAGACAUCGAUUUACCUGACAGUCCACGGAAUUCAGAUGAGCAUAUCAGUAAGGAAACACAACAACAUUCAAAGGGCGGAUAUAUUCCAAACAGCCCACACUAAACCGACGGCGAAACACCAUGAUUGUUUCCACAAGCUUUCCGAGAAUAAGGAUGGUAACUAACACCUACAUGGAGAAUGAGAAGCCUUGCUUCCACAGUCCUCAGUCACAAUGAUCCAUGCAACUGUUUCAGCAUUUUUUCUAUUCCGACACGGUUCUUUUAUUUAAUUUUCCAAAUCGAUCCACUUUUGGAGAAACUCGAUUUCGAGAAUCCAAUUUUCCAAACGGGAAUCCUCUGUCUCUCUCCAUUGCAUGUAGAGUAUAAAUUAUAAGCACUAGGUGCUGGAACCAA